AUGGCCGAGCUCAACGCCCUCCCCAAGGAUCCACUCCUCUCGCAGGGUCAAAAAGAUGUUCUCUCCGGCACGUUCGGUGGUAUCGCCCAAGUGCUCGUUGGUCAACCACUGGACAUUCUCAAAGUGCGCUUGCAGACAUCACCACCAGGAACUUACACGGGUAUGGUCGACUGCGCCUCGCGCAUCGUGCGGAACGAAGGACCUUUCGCGUUCUACAAGGGCACCCUGACGCCGUUGCUCGGUGUAGGCGCGUGUGUGUCGAUCCAAUUCGGCGUUGUUGAGGCGCUCAAACGUUCCUUCUCCUCAUCCAACGUCGCGAAGGGCAAAGGAGAGGGUUUGUCGUAUGGUCAAUUCUACCUUGCAGGAGGUAUUGCUGGUGUGGCCAACUCGGUCGUUGCUGGGCCGGUGGAACAUAUUAGGAUCCGAUUGCAAACCCAACCCUCCCCGCCACUCUACCGCGGUCCCGUGGAUUGCAUCAAGCAGGUCCUUGCGCAAAGUGGCCUGUUUAACGGUGUUUACAGGGGUCAAAUCCCCACCUUCGCACGCGAAUUCCACGGCAUGGGCAUGUACUUUUUGACCUACGAAGCUCUCGUCUCCCACAAACUGGCGAGUUCCAACAUCACAAGAGAUCAACUGCCAAGUAGCUAUGCCAUGUUCGCAGGCGCCAUGGCCGGUUAUGGCCUCUGGCUCACCGCCUACCCCGCAGACAUCAUCAAGAGCAAGUUGCAGACAGACAGCUUGAAUCCCAAGGAGAGAAGGUACAAGGGCGUACUGGAUUGUAUCAGGCAGACCUACAGGGCGGAUGGCGCAAGAGGAUUCUUUAGAGGGUUGCUGCCAACAUUGGUCAGGAGUCCGUUCGCGAACGCGGCGACGUUCGUAGCGUUCGAAUGGGCCGCUAGGAACCUUAGGCAUGUUUAG